CGUCACGGGGUCAAAGUUGAACUGUGGGUUAGGAAACAUGGUUGUGUAAGCUAACAGUCAGGUAACGUACAGCUCAACCUCAGCUUCAGCAUAAACAGCAAAACUGCGAGACAGAGCUCAGGAGAUAAACAUGUUACUCGCUUCAGUACGGACAAGCAUUUUCUGCGGAUGCAGAAAUGCAGGCAAAGGAUUUCAGCACAGCAGUCGGAGUCCACAACUACGACAAUGGCUUGUGAAGAGAGGUCAGAGCACCAUCACAGCAGAGGCGGGGGCCUCCUCUGCCCCAGCAGCAGCUACCGUCCCCAACGCAGCCACAAAUCGCAUAGUAGGACGCUGGUUACUUGGCUGCAGCGGGCUGGUGGUUGGGGCUAUUGUCCUGGGUGGUGUCACAAGGUUAACAGAAUCUGGGCUCUCCAUGGUUGACUGGCAUCUGGUCAGAGAAAUGAAGCCACCGCAGACACAAGCAGAGUGGGAGGCUGAAUUUUCCAAGUACCAGCAGUUUCCAGAAUUCAAAAUAAUGAACCAUGACAUGACUCUGCCAGAGUUUAAGUUUAUCUUCUACAUGGAGUGGGGUCAUCGCAUGUGGGGAAGGUUGGUUGGACUUGGGUACAUCCUCCCCACCAUCUAUUUCUGGAGGAAAGGAUACUUCACUCGCUCCAUGAAGGGAAGAGUGCUCGGGCUUUGCGGAUUUGUCUUCUUCCAGGGCCUCCUGGGGUGGUACAUGGUAAAAAGUGGUCUGGAGGAGAAGCCUGAGUCUUAUGACAUCCCCCGGGUCAGCCAGUAUCGUCUGAGUGCUCACCUUGGUUCUGCCUUGUUGCUGUACUGCGCCAGUUUGUGGACGGGGCUCAGUCUGCUGUUGCCUGCACACAAGCUGGCAGAAACCAAACGUCUUAUGCAGCUUAGGAGGUUUGCCAAGGGCACUGGUGGACUCGUCUUCCUCACUGCUCUUUCAGGUGCUUUUGUCGCUGGUUUGGAUGCUGGGCUGGUGUACAACUCCUUCCCGAAGAUGGGAGAGCGAUGGAUCCCAGAUGAUCUUCUGGCUUUCUCUCCUGCCCUCAAAAACGUCUUUGAGAAUCCCACAACAGUGCAGUUUGACCACAGAAUUUUGGCCAUUUCUUCUUUGACCGCGAUUACAGGCCUCUAUCUGUUCUCAAGGAGAAUGCUGCUGCCCAGGAGGGCGAAGAUCGCCAUCAGCGUCCUCGCAGCAAUGGCCUAUGGACAGGUUGCCCUCGGUAUCAGCACCUUGUUACUGUAUGUUCCCACACCACUGGCAGCCACUCACCAGUCUGGCUCUGUGGCUCUUCUCUCACUGGCAAUUUGGGUACUGGCAGAGCUCCGCAAGAUGCCCAAAUAAAUUCAUGCUUAUUUAUGGACAAAUCCAAUCCCUAUUAGCCACACCUCAAGCCUCUAAGACCUAGCAGUGUCAUUGAGAACGAGGCCUACGGAGAGAAAAGUGAAGACGUUAAAAACAGAGAAAUUUAUCAGGUGACAGUGGACUAUUAUGGAUAUGCCGAAGCAUCUCUCCUGUGAUGCUGCUGUGUUUAAUCACAGUCUUAUUGAAGCCGGAGUGUUGUUUGAUGUGUUGAUAAAAACUUUAAGAGUGCAUCAAGGCUGUCAAUGCAGAAUUGAUCGAACGAUAAAUGUAAGUACUUGAUCUAAAGGGUUAUUUUGCAAGAAAUUAAACAAAGACAUCCAAAAUCAAAAACAAGCAGCAAAUAUUUGAUGUCUAUCCAGCUUUAAUGACACAGUCACAUGAUUUCAAUAAAGGGUACAUAUUUGGUGUGCAGCCAGAAUUCUGCAGGAGUAGCUGUAAGUAGACUGACUGUUUUUGUUCAUGUGUAAAGAAUAUUUUGACUGAAAAUUUGGUUAUGAAGUGGCCACUCAUUGCCUUUUGUCUGGUCAGACACUGCAUAUUAGACGAAUCAGAUGUGGCUGUUGGGAAUAUAUGUAUAAUUAUGUAUAUUUAAGUUAUGAACUUUUGCUUGCUGACAUUGUGAUGAUGAGUUAUAAGGUAUAAAAUAUGCAGAAUCUUGAUUGUUGCUUUUUACUGUCUUUACAAAUGUCUUAUUUUAUUAAAGACGAUUCUGUACAGUCCUUAA